UGGGCUCGCCCUGGGUUUCAGUCUGUUGUUGGCCUAGCUGCUGUCUGCUACCUAAGCUGCGGAGCAGGAGAUGGCCGUGGACCCACUCUCCGGUAGGCCUGCAGGGAGCAUACCACCUCAACUCCAUGUUGCAGCCAGGGCUUGUGUCCUCAGCUCCGCAGCUUGGAUGUGAUGGCUGCCACAGCUCUGUCCUGGUGUCUGUCCCUCUACAUCCUCCUCUUGCCCUUGCCUGCCCCUUGGGUGUCUGCAGCAGUGAACGACUGUCCCCAUCUUAAGUGCUUCUACGACUCAAGAGCCAAUGUCUCCUGCACGUGGAGCCCGGAAGAGACCUUUCGGGUCACACACUGCCAACUCCAAGCCAAGUCGGACAUACGGUCCUGGAACACAACCUGUAAUCUAUUUCCUGUGACACAGGCGUCCUGGGCCUGCAACCUGAUCCUUGGACGCCCAGAUUCCCAGUGUCUGAACGCUGUGGAUAUCCUCAACGUAAAUGUGAUGUGUUGGGAAAGAGACAACUGGCGCAGGGUGAAGACCUGCAGCUUCCGUCCCUUUCACAAGCUUCGCCUGCGGGCCCCUCAUUCACUCCAAGUCCUGCACAUUGAAACCCAGAGAUGCAACAUAAGCUGGGAGGUCUCCCAGGUCUCUCACUACCUUUAUAGUGAUUUGGAAUUUGAGGCCCGCAAACGUUCCCUGGACCACAGCUGGAAGGAUGCACCCCUGCUAAGCCUCAAGCAGCGACAACAGUGGAUCUGCUUGGAGACACUUACCCCUGGCACCUCAUAUGAGCUCCAGGUGCGGGUCAGGGCCAAUCGAGAUGUCCAGGGGACCUGGAGCCCCUGGAGCCAGCCCCUGGCUUUCCGGACAAGGCCAGCAGAUCCCGGGAAUCUACCCCUAAUGUGGCCCAGACAACUUCUCCUGGGCCUUGGUUGUCUUUUUGGCUUCAUGGUCUGUGUCUACGUUUUGUUCAAGUGCCAGUACCUAGGCCCAUGGCUGAAGACUGUUCUCAAGUGCCACGUCCCAGACCCCUCUGAGUUCUUCUCCCAGCUGAGCUCCCAGCACGGAGGAGACCUUCAGAAAUGGCUCUCCUCGCCCUUCCCCUCAUCCUCCUUCAGCCCCAGUGGCCCUGCACCUGAGAUCUCUCCACUGGAGGUGCUGGACGGAGACAGCAAAGCCAUGCAGCUGUUCCUGCUACAGCAGGACACAGCCUCCUCACCCUCGCCCAGCGGCCACUCGCAGGCCAGCUGCUUCACCAACCAAGGCUACUUCUUCUUCCAUCUGCCCAAUGCCUUGGAGAUUGAAUCCUGCCAGGUGUACUUCACCUAUGACCCCUGCGUGGAAGAGGACAUGGAGGACGAUGGGCCAGGGCUGCCCCAGGGAUCUCCCCUCCCAUCUGUGCUUCCUCUGGCUGGGGAUGAGGACGACUACUGUGACUUCCCACCCAGGGAUGACCUGUUGCUCUUCUCCCCCAGCCGGAGCUCCCCCAACACUGCCUUUGGGGGAGCAGCAGCUCUUGAAGAAAAGCCUCCCCUCUCCAUGCAGGAGGGAUGUACCCCGCUACCAUCCCCUGAUCUGAUGGGUUUGCAGUGCCCUCUGGAGCUGGUGGCGCAGGGAGGUGACGGGGAGGGGCUGCCUGCUCAUAGCUCAGGGGAGCAAGCCGGUGUCCCCGAAGGUAGCCCUUGUGGGCAAGGUCAGGACAGGGCCCUGGCCUCUGUCUUGCCUCUGAACACUGAUGCCUAUCUGUCUCUUCAAGAACUACAGGCCCAAGAUCCAGCCUACCUGGUAUAG